AUGAGGUCCCCAAGCUGUGGCUCCAAGGCCUAUGCCAACCGACAGAACAGGCACAGCUACAGCAGAGCAUCACCACUGCCAUCAGCAGAGAAACCAGGGAGUCCAGAAUCUCAGCGCUUCACCUGGACUACACGGCCGGCAGGGGGCGCCCGACUCGCCGUGACCGACCCUCCGGCGCCGCCCGCCCAGCGGGACCCGCCUGGGGCUCCGGCCGCGGACACGGGGACAGCCGGCGCGUCGCCGUCCGCGGGAGCCCGGCCCGGGCGAGGCGCCGCGGGGCUCAGGGACCGCGCGGGGCGGGACAACGCGGAGCAAACGCUUCCUUUCGGCCCGACGCCGCGGGGAGCUCCGCCGGGGCCCCGCCAGAGCCUUCCGCUGCCUGCGCCUGCCCGCGUCCAUCCUUCCCUUUCUCCUGGAAGGUCGGGGCCACACCGUUUCCAAGAGCGCGCGCUCAUUCGGGGACCGGCGGCUCGAGGCGCUGUGUGGCUGCAUGUGAACAUCCCUAUCACUGAUGACUGUGUGACCCACUUCCCCUGCAUUGAUGUCAUCGAGCCAGGCAACAGUGUAGUCUCAGUGAGGAGCUGCUUCCUUGCCCACGGUGACCAGCUGGCAGGAAGAAUUCAUUUUUGAGUUCCAAGUUUAUUUCAAAACAGCUGACUAUCACAGAUACAGCCAAUCUUUAAGUAGUACCUACCAGAGCCUUGGGCCUCAGCACAUCCGUCUCAGUACCAGCACAGCAACACCCCCAACUUCAACUCGGUUCUCACCUAGGUCUUGG